CAAAAAAAAGAUCGGUGGUCACUGACUGGAGCUGUCUCUUACCCAGAGUUUAAAUGCAACAUCACAACUGUGCAAUAGCGAGCUAGCAGGCUAAUUACCAUCUUUAAGCGACUGACAGCCAGAUGACUAAUCGAUACAGCUUCACGUGUCCUUGAGUACGGGAUCUGCGGGUCAGUGCGUCCAACGACAGAAACAAGCACAAGGUUGUGGACGUUUCUAGCCGGCACGUGCCGCGCUAACGGUGGUCGAAUCGCAAAUGAUCCGGUCAAUGCCACACUGCGUGUGCGCGCAUGCUUACUUCCUCCCUCCGUGCGAAGCGCGCCUUAGAAGACCGCCACUUACGCACCACUCCGCGCUCCCGCCUGCCUGCUUACGCACAAGGCUGUAGGUGAGACGAGUUGCUCUAAAGAUGCCGCUUAGCAGGGCGCCUGGAGCGGUGCGAGGAUGUGAUCGCGCGCUGCAAGCGUCCCUGUCUGAAUUCCGGCAGCCUCAAUAAAAGCGUCUUGGGGAGGACUGACCGCCGCACAUUUGCCCUUGUAGUCUUCGAUCGCCACUCGCCUGCAGGCACGGAGAACGUAACUAGCGCAACUAUGAAAAAAAUUACCCUGACACUGGUCGCUGUGCUUCUCUCAGCAGUGCUGCUAACGGAAGCUCAGCGUCAGCCUGGGAGACCUCUUCCUCCAAAUGUGGGCCGACCAGGCCUGCUUCCUGGAAGGCCGGGCACAUUUCCAAGUAGACCGGGGGGACAAGGAUUCCCUGGCAGACCUGGGGUCCGACCCGGAGGAGGUGGUUCAUUUCCACGUCCUGGUGGCGGCCAGAACUGUGGUGGCCGUGUGUGUCGUCCUGGUCAGCGCUGCGUUCCCCAACAAGUACAGUGCUUCAGAGCCCCCUGCCCACCCAUCUAUCAAUGUGUCUGAAACCGAGUUUCCAGCAAGGAAAAACACACUGGAUGAACGAAACUUUAAAAGAUAUGUUAGUUCUUUCAAUAAAAGCACGUGCGUGCAGAAAGAGUUUGGGUGA